CCACUCCCAUGCCCAUACAGUCGAGUUGCUGAAGCUAUUGCAGUGUGUGGAUAAACAGACCAGGCAUAUAGUGUUAAAAAUCGCAGAUAACAGUUACUUGGUUUGAAUUUUACAAACUUUGAUUCAACUACCAACAGAUUAAAUUCAUCAAACAUGGUUAGUAGAAGUUAACAUUUAUAAACGUCAACCUACAUCUGGAACAUGUCAAGUGAAAAUAUAAACGUUUUUUGUCGCGUCAGGCCGGCUAUUGAUGACGAAACAAUCGAAUACAAAGCAAGGAACACAAACACCUCGAACUUUGCUGAACUCGAAGUCGAGAAUCCGCUGCAGUCUAUGACGCGACAAUCAAACAAUGCGGCUACGUCACACAAAUUCGCGUUCACUAGAAUUUUUGACCAAGAUGCGACGCAGAGUGAAAUAUACGAAGCGACAGGAAGGCCUCUUGUUGAAAGCGCGUUCCAAGGUUUCAACGCGACUCUCUUUGUUUACGGACAAACGGCCACUGGAAAAACUUACACUGUGAGCGGAAAUGACGUAGAAAGGUCAAACCGAAGGUCAGUGGUUGAGAAACGGAAAAAGAGACGGAGGUCAAAAAGUGAUAUCAGAAAAACACAAAACGGGGGGAUUCCAAAUGUAAAGCAACAACAACAAAACCAACAAGAACAAAACCAACAAGAACAAAAUAACCAAGAAGAAAAACAACAAGAACAAGGCGACUUUUCAGACACACAAAAUCCGACAAUCGAAAAUUCUACGCAAGAAAAUGAAGUAAAAAUGUCACCAACAAGUUCUCCUUAUUUAGAGGUCAAAGAAGACUCCGGGAUUAUUUCUAGAAUUCUGUCAGACGUUUUUAACUCUUCUACAAAUGACAUAGAACUGGUUUCAGUCACAGUUUCAUAUCUUGAGAUUUAUAAAGAAGUUGGAUACGACUUGUUGGCUGAAGGAAGAAGUAAAAGUCACCCUGAUGAGUUGCCAAGAGUCGCACCGAUGAAAGAUGCGAGAAACAGACUUAAUCUAAGGAAUUUAUCCGUGCAGACGGUGAACUCGGAGGAGGAAGCCUUGCGGUGGUUUGAACUCGGUAACACCAACCGCAAGGUGGCGGAAACGCACCUAAAUGACGCGUCAUCGAGGUCGCAUUGCGUAUUUUCGAUUGGUGUAAAAUGUAGGCACGGAGACAACAAAACAACGCUCAACGCAAAAGUAAACUUGGUUGACCUUGCUGGGUCAGAACGAGUUGGGAAGUCACAUUUACUGAAACAAAAUCUACUGACAGAAGCUCGAAAUAUAAACCUAUCCCUCCACCAUUUGCAACAGGUUAUUAUUGCAUUAAGCAAAGGUACAAUACGUCAUAUACCAUACAGGAACUCGUUGCUCACUCAAGUUUUGAGUGACAGCUUGGGCGGGAAUUCACGAACGCUUAUGGUUGCGACAAUCAGUGCUCAAAAGCGACAUCUAGAGGAAAGUGUUUCGACGUGUCAAUUCGCACAGAGGGUGGCAGAGAUCACAAAUAAAGUGAAAGCGAAUAUUUCCAUCGAUUCAGAUGCGAUGAUUGCAAGAUUGGAAGACGAGAUAAAACUUUUAAAGGAGGAGAUUGGAUCAAAAACGAGCACGGAUGCUCCUGCUGUUCAUUUGGAGGAAAAUGAGCUUGAUCAACUUAUUCAAGACUUCUUAAAUGGGAGGACUGAUACUCUGGAUGUUGGUUUGGACUUGGAUGGGAUCCAAUAUUGCUUCCGGAGGUUGCGGGAGCUGAUCCUGAACAAGCAGACGGAGAUUCCGCAUCCAGGAGCAAGGGAUCCGGAGCAGAAGAAGAAGAAGUCAAAAAGUUGUGUCAUUUUAUAAAAAUUGCGAUGUUGCAAAUUAUUAUUUUAUAAAUUUUUUAUCUCAUCGGGUGGUGUAAGUCAUUUGGGGGUCUCGGGGGUGUCCCGUGAUAGUUAGGGGGCCCCAUGUGUCG